AGCCAAUUUUGUCGUGUAAGCCCGAUAGGUUGCAAAGCUUUAUAUUUAGAUUGUAUGGAGGACUUACCCGACUUUCAUUUUCAAAAUCACGUGUAAGCCCGAGCUUUUCAAAAUAAUGGUAGCUACGCCCCUGCUAGCACCCUAAGCCAUCUUCAUACGUGUGUGAAUGAUAGACCGUGUCUUCCGUGUGAUAAGCUUUUCCUUUUAGUUUUAACAGAGACCAUAUAAUCUAUUAUAUGGUCUCUGGUUUUAAAUAAUCAAUAUAUUCAACUUCGUCAUCAUGAACUGAAUCUGAAACUAAAACAAGGAAGUACACAUAAUACACAUAUAGAAAUGACCACGUAGACAUUUCACGUAGUUACACUGAAGGGGGAAUUGCUCUUUCAACGAAAUACGACAUUGAUUGGCACAUGUGAUUUCACUGCGCAGAGUUGGGCUACCCUCAAACGAAUAAGAAGAAUCAACUCUGCAGACAGCCAUGCUGGAGAAGUUCCUGACAAGCCAGGUGUCGGAGUACCUGUGUAUCCCCGUGUGGACGGUGCUGCUGGCCACUGCCUGUCUUGUGUGGCUGCUGUACAGUGGAAGUAGAGGAAUCAAUGUCAAGAAAGCAGUGCGUGACUAUGCCACAACUGAUGUUGCUAAAGAUGAAGCUGAAAAACCUGCUGAGAAGACCAAAUCAAGAAAAAAGCUGAGGGAGAAACGAAAAUUGAAGAUUUUCUAUGGAACACAAACAGGCAACGCAAAGAAAUUUGCUGAGCUCUUGGCUGCAGAUAUAGGAGACAAAGGUUAUCAAACAUCAACUGUUGAUCUCAAGACCUAUGACCCGGAAGAUGACCUCUCUGAAGAGACCGACCAUUUGUGUGUGUUUAUUAUCUCCACCUACACUGAUGGAAAGCCACCAGGGGGCGCUGAGUGGUUCUACAAAUGGCUACAGGAAACCGCCUCUGACUUCCGUGUCCAGAAAACUCUGCUCAAGGGCCUGCACUAUGCUGUGUUCGGCCUGGGAAACUCGGUGUACACAGAAAACUUUAAUACGGUGGCCAAGAAUGUAGACUCAUGGUUGAGGGAUCUUUCUGCACUCAGAAUUGAAUCUGUUGGACUAGGAGAUGAAAAUGUGGCAAACAGUGAAAAUGCAGGAUUAGAAGAAGACUUCCAGGCGUGGAAGAGGCAGUUUGUGAAGGCCGCGAGGCCGGUGUUGAAUGGCCGCACCGUGAAGCGGUGCGUGGGAGAGAAGUGUGGAGGCAAAUGUGCGUGUGUCAAGACAAAAGACACAGCAGAGGCUGAUGGGAAGACAUGCAGCAGCGAGGGAGAGUGCAGCAGCGACAAUGAGGUUUUGUUUGAAACCAGUAGUGAGGACGAGAAGGUCACUAGUACGAGCAAGUCCACAGCAGGGAUCGUUGAUCUGGAGGACCUCGGCAUGAUGAUGAAGAACGUCAAGAAGAACAAGCAGGUGGAGGUGGAUGAGGAUGAGGAGGGGGGUGUGUCGUCCACGGAGCCGAGGGAGAUGAUCACGCCGCUCCUGCGACAGUCACUGGAGAAGCAGGGCUACAAGCUGAUUGGUUCACACUCAGGGGUCAAACUGUGCAGAUGGACAAAGUCCAUGCUGCGGGGCAGGGGAGGCUGCUACAAGCACACGUUCUACGGUAUUGAAUCUCACCGCUGCAUGGAGACCACACCCAGUCUGGCCUGUGCCAACAAGUGUGUCUUCUGCUGGAGACAUCACACCAAUCCAGUGGGCACAGAGUGGAAGUGGAAGAUGGACGACGCUGAUACUGUCUUCCAGGGAGCGCUCAAGAACCAUGUCAAUCUCAUUAAGCAGUUUCGGGGUGUUCCUGGAGUGCAGCCAGAGAGGUUUGCUGAAGGCCUGGAGCCCAAACACUGCGCGCUGUCACUGGUGGGAGAACCAAUCAUGUACCCCGAGAUCAACAAGUUCGUCAGCCUGCUCCAUGGCAGGGGGAUUUCCUCCUUCCUCGUCACCAACGCCCAGUUUCCUGAUGCAAUCAAGGACCUGAGUCCAGUGACCCAGCUGUAUGUGAGUGUCGACGCCAGCACCAAGGAGAGCCUGAAGAAGAUCGACCGCCCGCUGUUCCGGGACUACUGGCAGCGUUUCCUGGACAGUCUGGAGGCCUUGGGCAGCAAGGGGCAGAGAACUGUGUACAGACUGACCCUGGUCAAGGCCUGGAACACAGAUGAAGUGAAGAACUAUGCCAGCCUCGUCUCCCGGGGAAAGCCAGACUUCAUCGAGGUCAAGGGUGUCACCUACUGUGGCGAGUCCAAAGCUUCCACCCUGACGAUGGCCAACGUGCCUUGGCACCAGGAAGUUGUUAGCUUCGUACAACAACUUGCAGAUGCGCUGCCAGAUUACGAAAUAGCUUCCGAACAUGAACACUCCAACUGUAUACUCAUCGCACACACAAAGUUCAAGAUCAAGGAUGAAUGGUGGACAUGGAUAGACUAUCCUCGGUUUCACCAACUCAUAUCAGAAUACAACCAAUCAGGAGGCCAGAAAACAUUUACUGCAGAGGACUAUAUGGCCCCAACUCCACACUGGGCAGUGUUUGGAGCUUCAGAGAGAGGGUUUGACCCAGUAGAGACUCGGUUCCAUAGAAAGAAGCAGAAAGACAUCAGUGGAUGCUAACAUUUGCUGUUUGACCUUGAGGAUUGAUCUUGUUGU